AUGUUCAUUAUAACCGAUUCUCAGAUCGCCCUCGCCACUAUUCUGUUCAUGGUGGGUAUAUCGUGUGCUUCAGGGUCCGUAGUUGCAUCCUCUCUGGUGCCUUCUCCGCCCUUCAUCAACACUGUGCCCUACGCUGUUCCACCCUAUGCCACCAGGGCGGACCUGGUCACGAGAGCCCUCAAGACUCCAUUUCUCCCAGCUCCGGCUCCGUACUUACCGCCUUCGGCAGUUCUUCCACGUCUUUUACCCUCUUCUGCAGUACUUCCUGCUCCAGCUUUUCCUAGGGUAGUACCUUCUCACGCCCUACCUGUCCCGGUCCUACCUCCACGGGUACUCCCCUCACCCAUCCUUCCACACACUUUCCCUCCAAGGUUCCCUUCUCCUUUCCUGCCCGCCCCUUAUUACCGUAACUUCUACGGUGGAACUCCAUUAUCAACGUCGUUCUCUGGGCCCUUCACGAUACCGGGAGCUUUGUUUCCGCCCUUCUUUUACAGAAGGUGA